CCCGAAGGCAACGGCAUCGUUUUAACAAGGAAUUUCUCUCUCUCUCUCUCUCUCUCUCUCGGAUUUCUAAAGCACAGUCGACAUCACACUGAUAUCGAUCGCUCUCCCCAAUGUUCAACAACAACAGCAUACCAAUUUCCCUCUCCGAUGACGACUCCGACGACGUCGCCGGAAAAACGAAACCCCGGGUCCGCAGAAAGCGCAAGAAACCACGAGGCAAGAACGAGCUGGCCCAGCGAUUCCUCAGGGAACUGCUGAGAUGGUGGCCCGUCUUGCUCUUCCUCCCCUUCGCCGUUCUCCUCGUUUUCGAGGCCUCACGAAUCGGCCGCAGACCGAUUCUACCGGUCGACUCGGAGCGUAAUUCUCAUAGGAAAACCGGACCGGCCUUGGAAAGCAAAUCGGAAGGGAACUUGAAUCGACUCGAUCCGCUUACGCGUAUGGUCGGUGGCGUCAGAGAACGUUGCUUGAAGCUCCUACCUCCUGAAGAACUUCAGCACUUGGAUAUUCCCAAGGGAAAAGAAACCGCGAAUCCUAUUAAAAGAGUGGUUUACAUAUCAGAGAAUGAUACACCUUAUGUACAAGGGAACAUUACCAUAUCUCAACAGCAUACGGAAGCCACAAGAUUUAAUCUGUUUACUGGAAACCAAACUCUAGAGCAGAGAGAGAAAAGUUACAAGGUGAGGGAAACAGCUGUGGUACAUUGUGGUUUCUACAGUGAGAAUGGAGGGUUCAAGAUAUCUGAUGAGGACAAAAAGUUCUUGCAAACCUGUCAAGUUGCAGUGUCUACUUGUGCUUUUGGCGGUGGUGAUGAUUUGUAUCAACCCAUUGGAAUGUCAGAGGCAUCACUUAGAAAGGUUUGCUAUGUGGCAUUUUGGGAUGAAAUCACUGUUGCUGCACAGGAAGCAGAGGGACGUAGAAUUGGUGAGAACCAAUAUAUUGGGAAAUGGCGCAUCGUUGUUGUUAAGAAUCUUCCUUUCAAAGACCAAAGGUUAAAUGGCAAAAUUCCUAAGAUGCUGAGUCAUCGGCUCUUUCCUCAAGCAAGAUAUUCUAUCUGGGUAGACUCAAAGUCCCAAUUCAGAAGGGACCCUUUGGGUGUUUUGGAAGCACUUCUUUGGCGUUCAAAUGCUGUACUUGCAAUUUCAGAACAUGGGGCUAGGAGUAGUGUGUAUGAUGAGGCGAAGGCUGUUGUGAAGAAAAACAAAGCCACCCCUGAAGAAGUUGAGGUCCAGUUGAGGCAAUAUCGCCAUGAUGGCCUCCCUGAGGACAAAAGGUUUAAUGGAAAGAAAGCUCUAGCUGAAGCUUCUGUUCUUGCAAGGGAGCAUACUCCAUUGACUAAUCUGUUCACUUGCCUUUGGUUCAACGAAGUGGUCCGUUUCACUUCUCGGGAUCAGCUUAGUUUCCCAUACGUUCUCUGGCGGCUGAAAGUGUUAAAGAACAUCAAUAUGUUCCCGGUUUGCACCCGCAAAGAUCUUGUCAAUAGUAUGGGCCACAUACGCAAGGCUAAGCCUCUAACAAGUUAGACUCGUAGGCAUUUUUGUAUACUGUAAUUCUGUAUAUUGAAUUUGAGUCUCAGCGGUGAAGUGGCUGCAGUCAUUCUUCUUUUAUUUGGAAGUGCUGUUGUCAAUAUUGCUACUUCCUUUGACAAUCACCUGUGGAAGGUUAUUUUUUUCCCCAGGAAAGCCAUUGUUUUGUUACUUUGCUGUGGAUUUGUUACCAUGUAGUUGUGAACCACGUGCUGAAAGUUGGAUGUUCUAAUUGAUAUGGAACUGAUGAUAAUGUGAAUACUCAUAGAUUGUCAAGA